AUGGGCAAAACUAGUCAAUCGGCGUCAACUGCAUCAGCGCAGAAAAUUCAAGUGAAAGGCUUGCACACCUGUCCGAAUUUUGUCCUGGACAGCUUUUGGAAGACAAACACCGACGAUGUAUCGACCAUCAAGCCAGUAAAUCACCAAGUAUUCUGCUCAACAUUGCCUCAGCAAGAAGAUACUCGUCACACGUGCGCGUCGUGCGAAUUGCAGACCUUUUGGGAGAUCGAGCAUCAGUUAAGUUCGCCAGUGCUCUCAGAGGAGGACAGCAAAUGCGAACAGCACUUCAAGGAGACGCAUUAUCGAGAUGCAACAGGCCGAUUCGUUGUAUCGCUACCUUUCAAAAGUGAUCAGCUAAAGCAGAGUCUGUCAGAGAACCGUUCAAUGGUCAUGAAGUUGUACCACGUCAACGAAGCCAGAACUCUGAAGUCGCCUAAAAUUAAAGGAAUGUAUGACGAUUUUAUGCAAGAAUAUUUAAAUCUGCAACACAUGCGUCCUUCUCGUUCCGACACCGAAGGAAAUUAUAUACCUCAUCAUUGUAUAUUCAAGAAUGUCGACUCUACGCCAAAGAUACGCGUCGUAUUUAACGCCUCGUUUAAAGUUAAGAACGGAAAUUCGUUGAACGAUUGCUUGAUGACGGGUCCAAAGUUACAAAAGGACUUAUGGAUGAUCUUGACUUCCUGGCGGCAAUUUCGAGUGGCAUUUACUGCGGACAUUAUCAAAAUGUUUCGCCAGAUUAAAAUCAAUCCAGCUGAUUAUACUUGGCAGCGCAUCUUUUGGCGAGAUUCCCCCGACGAGAAACUCCGUUCUUACGAGUUGACCACCGUCACGUAUGGAACAGCACCAGCUCCUUAUUUAGCCUUGCGAGUUAUUCAGCAGCUGGCAAAGGAAGAAAUCGGUCGAUUUCCUGAGGGGGCCGAGAUAGCUCUCCGAUCAUCAUACAUGGACGACUUCUACGGAGGUGCCGAUACCGAAAACGAAGCUAUUGCAAAGAGAGAAUCGCUGACGAAGAUGCUCGCCGCUGGCGGGUUCGAAUUAAGCAAGUGGGCUUCGAAUAAUUCUAAAGUAUGUCCUACUCUGUCAGAAGAGGAAAAGCCGUUGAAGAUCAAUGACUCAAUUUCAACUCUAGGACUACGUUGGUAUCCGCAUGAAGACUCAUUUGCAUUAAAGGUGACUCUCGCCGAUCAAAAUUCAACUAUCACGAAACGCACAGUACUCUCUGAGAUCGCAAAGUUGUUCGAUCCAAUGGGUUGGUUUGCGCCGGUCAUUGUAACUGCCAAGAUUAUGAUACAGGAUACCUGGAUACAAGGACUCGAUUGGGAUCAACGUUUUCCCCCAAAACUCGAGGAAGCUUGGCUGAGCUUUCGCGCCAUGUUGCCUGGUUUGGAGUCAAUUCGAGUACCAAGAUGGAUUGGCCAAAGCUCCGGAGGAAGACUUGAGCUUCACGCAUUUUGCGACGCCUCAGAACGAGCGUAUGCUGCUGCUGUAUAUGCCAAGGUAAUCAUGCCCGAUAAUACAGUAACUGUGCACUUACUAGUAGCCAAGACAAAGGUCGCUCCUGUGAAGACGCUAGGCAUACCACGAUUGGAGCUUUGCGGAGCGGCACUACUGGCCAAAUUAGUAGCAAGCUUGCAGAGCGAACUCAACACUCCAAUCGAUGCCACGUACGCUUGGUGCGACUCGCAGGUUACUCUCACUUGGCUGUACUCUCAUGCCUCUCGCUGGAGCCCGUUUGUCGCAAAUCGAGUCGCGCAAAUUCAAAAAAUUUUGUCACCGAAACAUUGGAGGUACGUGAAAUCGAGUCAAAAUCCGGCUGAUUUGGCCACACGAGGGAUCUCAACCAAUCAACUCAGAGAAGCGGAAUUAUGGUGGAGAGGCCCCUCGUGGUUGCAUGAGGUAGCCUUGCCAACUUUCAAUAGUGCAGCUGCAAGCUCUGAAGAAGCUUUCUCCGAGAUGAAAAGAAAAACAGUAUGUGCCACUGCUCGACUUGGCAAUUCAGACGAUCUAAUUGAAAGAUACUCUUCAUAUACGCGUUUAACACGAGUUACAGCCUGGAUUCAGCGCUUCAUUCAUAAUUGCAAGAAUAAGAAAAUGAAGCGUACUAGUUUUUUAACUGCAGAGGAGCUUCGAUACGCGACAGAAACGCUCAUCAAGAAAGUUCAACGGACCUACCUGCAAGUGGAGUUUGACCAUGUAAAACGCAAGUUACAACUGCCUAAGAAAUCACCGCUACGUUCAUUAAAACCUAUGGUGGACAAGAAGGGAUUAUUACGCGUCGGUGGGAGAUUGGUGAAUGCUCCGUCAUUAUCCUACGAUGAAAAGCAUCCCAUCAUUCUGCCAUAUGAAAGCCACUUGUCUACUUUGCUCGUCCGAGACGCACAUCAUCGAACUUUGCAUGCAGGGCCGCAAACAACACGCAACUUCGUAGCGGCACGAUUUUGGAUUUUGCGCUGUAAAACGCUCGUCCAUCGAGAAAUUCAUAAUUGCAUCAUUUGUACUCGCUACGCUGGGACAAAACUUGGCCAAAUUAUGGGUGACCUUCCUCCAAUAAGGUUGACCCCAGUGAGACCGUUUCUUGCUGCAGGCGUGGAUUAUGCCGGCCCUAUUGCUAUCCGAGCUUCAAAAGGACGCGGUCAUUCAUCGUAUAAAGGAUAUAUAUGCUUAUUCGUCUGCAUGUCCUCGAAAGCCAUUCAUCUGGAAGCAGUUUCGGAUUUGACAGCAGUGGCAUUUGUGGCAGCUUAUAAACGUUUUGUGUCUCGACGAGGCAUAUGCCAUACCUUGAUAUCCGACAAUGGAACGACCUUCAGAGGAGCCGAUAAGGAAUUAAAAUCGAUGUUUCGACAAGCUUCAGAAUUCUAUCAAAAAAGUGCUGCUCGUUUAGCCAACCACGGAACGGACUGGACGUUCAUACCGCCUCGAGCACCCCAUUUCGGCGGGAUAUGGGAGGCAGGAGUUCGCUCGGUGAAACACCAUCUACGGCGCGUGAUCAAGGACUCAACUUUGACUUUUGAGGAGCUCAGCACUGUGCUCUGUCAGAUAGAAGCUUGCCUAAAUUCAAGGCCACUCUACCAAUUGAGUAGUUCUGCCACGGAUCCAACGCCAAUUACCCCUGGUCACAUCUUGAUCGGCGGUCCUCUACUUGCUGUUCCUGAGCCGGGCCUCGAAAAGGUCAAACUUACACCUGCUGCACGAUGGAAUUUACUGACGCAAAUGCGCGAUCAAUUUUGGCAUCGUUGGCGCUUCGAGUACCUUCACACGCUGCAACAACGCAACAAAUGGCGAGUACAACACGAUGAUCUACACGUCGGUUCGAUGGUCCUCAUCUCCGAAGAUAAUUCACCUCCUACUCAUUGGCCCAUGGGGAUCAUCCAACGUACAUAUCAAGGCGAUGACGGUUUAGUGCGCGUAGCAAUUAUAAAAACGGCAAACAAUGUAAUAAAACGACCAAUUCAUAAAUUGUGCCUAUUGCCGAUUGCGACCGAGUGA